UUAUAAAAUUGAUGCAUGUGUUUUUUCACCUAAUGGUGAACAUAUUGCCACUUAUUCUUCAGAACAAGGGAAAAUUCAAAUAUGGAAAUUUGAUGAAGAAGAAAAUUCACAACUUUUUUGGCAAUCAGGACCUUUACAUUCUGAUUUAAAACCUAGGGAUUAUUGGCAUAAAAGGAAAAGUUUCGCUCCCGCUUUUCCAUCUGGGAUAUAUAUGUCAAAUGUAGAUUUUGCUCUUUGUAAUGAUGCCAAAUUUGUUGCAUUAAGCGCCAUAAAAUUGCCUCAAGAUGAAGAUGAACCUACACCUUUUGAAUUAGUUAAUCCUCCUUCUAACAGAAAAGAUGAUGUAUUAUAUACUUGUGUAAUGAAAACUCAACAGUUUAGACCAGUUUUUCGAAGAGAUCUCAGAAAAUUAAAAGGUUCAAUAAAAUUUACGGAUGAUGGUAAAUCAUUUGUUGUAUGUAAUGUAGAACAUGACUAUCUUAACAGUAAUGGAGGAAAUUUUGUUUACGUCUUUUCAACAAAUCAUUGGAGAGUUCAACAUAAAUUAAUUGUUAAUAUAUUUGCUGCUUCACUUCGAGUGAUUCCUCAUCCAUGGAUACAAAUAAAGAUAGUUAAGUCGGCUCUCUUGCAAGUAACUCGUUUUAAAUGUAAUCAAAAAGAUUCUUUUCUGGAUGCUGAUGCUUCACCAACUCUCUUUUCAUUGUCUCACAAUAAAAAAAUGUUGGCAACUUGGACAUCAAAAGGAAUUUUGACAAUAUUUUUAUGUCAAGGUGGACUUAUAUUUUCCUCAUCUAUCUCUGAUACAACAUCCCAGGAAAAAAGUGGAAAUGAUUCAAUAAAAAAAGAGUUAUUAUGGUUGGAAGACGAUGAACAUAUUAUGACAAUUAAUGCAAAUGAAACGGAUGAUCGACAUUUUUUACAGAUUUGGAAUAUACAUACUUGUCAAUCGAUCAUUUCUCACGAUAAUCUUGAAAGGAAUUUUUUGUUUGAACCAAAUGGUGCCGACUUUUAUAUAACUUAUAAAGAUUCGAAACUAAAAAUGCAUAGUGUCUCAACACCAAUAUCUAAAAAUCAAAAACCUAUGGAAAAUUUACAAUUAAAACUUAUAGGAAAUCAUCGUUAUGCUGUAGAUGGAUUUACCAAAAUUUAUUCUUAUAACAAGAAAAUAUUAUACGAAUGUGAUGCUGAGAAAGAGAGGGAAAUUGAAUUACACAAUGAUCAUCCAAUCGUUAAUAUUCAUAUAGAACCAUGGCUCAUAUUUACACCAGUUAAAUCAGGGUUUUGUUUAGAUGAAAAGAAAGAACGUGUUGUUUAUAUUGGACAUUAUACUGUACAAAUCUGGGUUUUUAAAUCUGGUCAGGAACCCGAAUUACAAUAUAUUUGGUGUAAACCAGUAAAAAAUAAAGGGAGUAAAGAAUUAAAGGAUAGAACCAUAUAUGCAACUAUUGAAGAAGCGAGACUACGAAGAGAUCCUGAGGGGAUAUAUAUGCUGAAGCUUUAUUGUGAAAUAGAAGAACGUGAUAAAAGAAGUUUUUCAAAGUUUACUAUUCAAAACUCGAGUAAUUAUCCAUUUGAAUAUAAUAUUGAAGAACCCAGAGAACGCGAAAGAAAUCUCAGUGCAGUUGAUCAAGCAGCAACAUUUGAAUUCGAUUUAAUUCUUCCCCAAGAAAAUGAAAAGGCCACAUUUGAAAUAAUAGCUAAUGCAUCGACAGCUUUAGGAUAUCUCAGUUUUGUUGAAAAUAGAUAUCAAAUUCAAAUUAGUUCAGGAAAAAUUAAUGAACACUUUAAAAGAUUACUUACUAAAUGUCAAGCAAUAAUUAUUAAUUCCAUGUAUCAAUAUUCAUAUAUAUUUAAUCAAAUUAUUGACGGACAAUCACCUUUAGAGAUAUUAAUUAAAGCAGAUUGUAUAUAUGCAGAUAGGUUGAUUAAAAAAUUUCUUGAAACCAAAAAUCAUAUUCCACAAUUUCAUGAUGAAGAUAUGACAAAGUCUGCUUUAUUAAGAGCAAUUCAUCUUGGCAAAACUGAUGUUGUAUAUUCAUUAUUAAAAUAUUAUUGUAAACGCGCAGAAGAAAAUCCAAUUUCUUGGACUUUAACAAUUGUUCCUGCAUUAAGUACAUUGAGAGAAGUUUAUCCAGAUUUUGCUUUAGAUUUUUUCAAGAGAAUCAGUUACAUGCCAGUUAAAGAUGAAGUUAUUAGAAGUGAUCGAGAAGAACUUUUUGCAUUUUCGAAAAUAGAAGAACUUAAUCGUGAAGUUGUUGAAACAUUUUGGCAAAAAGUAAAAACUUGGUGGUUAAAGAAUGAAAAAAAUUGGGAUAAACGAAUAGAGGAUGCUACAGAAUUUGUACGCAUUCCAAAUAAGACGCAUCCUGCAAGAGAAUGUGUGGUACCCCUCCCUGAUUUUACAGUUUACAAAAGAACACCCAAAAGCUUACAAAAAUCAAUAAUUGAAGAAGUUUUAUCAACUCGAUAUGAACUAUUUGAAACACCAGCAAUGGAAGCAAUCAUAAAUUUCAAGUGGCGUAAAUUCGCAAGAUUUCGAUCUUCUUUAAUUCUAUUAGGUUACAUGUUUUAUACAAUCUUAUUUAUGGUUGAAAUUUUGCAAAUGAUGGGACAAUUAGUAGAUUAUUGGUUUAAUAUAACUAAUUAUUUAGAUUUGGCUAGAAGUAUUUUUCCAAUUAUUGUAGCAAAGAAAAUUAUAUUUAAUGAAUCAAUAGGUGAUGGAUUUAUCGGAGCAUCUAUGUUCGUUAUUUAUAUUAGUUUGAUAUUACAUUUUCGAGUAUUUAGAGUAUUUGGGAUACCAAUAUAUAUUGUUGUAGAAAUAUUUAGAAAAGUUUUGUGGAUUGUUAUAAUCAUGGGAUUGAUGGUGUUUUCAUUUGCACAUAUAUUAAAUAUUAUUUUAAGAGACAGAAUAAAUAAUAAUUAUAAAGAAUUUAAAAAUUCACUUGUUUCUGUAUUUUUUAUUAUGAUUGGACAAUUUGAUUCUGUUACAGAAACAAAAACCACUGGUAAACGAGCUUGGCUUAAACAAAAGGCAGAGAAAAGUGAACUUAAUGAUAAAAGUCAUUCUCUUGUUCUUGCAAAUUCGGAAUUUAAUCACUUUGAACAUGAAUCUGAAUCAACUACGAAACUUCAACUUUAA